AUGGCAGCCCCCACCGCCUCGCACGGACCCAUCAAGGGGAUCCUGAAGAACAAAGGCUCCACGGCCUCGUCGGUGGCGGCCUCUGUCCAGCAGGCCGGGGGCGCUGUUGCGGAGGUGCAGAGAAAGAAGUCCCAGAAGUGGGACGAGAAGAACAUCCUGGCGACCUACCGGCCAGCGUACAGAGACUACGAUUUCAUGAAGACGAAUGAGCCCAGCACCCCCCAGCUCGGUCUGCUGGAGGACCCAGAAGGUGCAGCGUGUGACUCUGCAACCAAAGAAACCCUGACCGUGGACAAUCUAGCUAAGAAAUUAGCUGCCACUGAUACCUCGGAGCUCAGCUAUCACUUGGGGGAGCCAGAGAGGGAAGGGGCACACACCAGCAAAAUCUUCCUAGACAAACAGGAGAAACACCGGCAGUUCGAGAUGAAAAGGAAGCUUCACUACAACGAAGGACUUAACAUCAAACUGGCCCGACAACUGAUUUCCAGAGAUCUAGAACGUGAGGAGAAGGAGGAUGAAAACGAAGAAAGUCGGCAUGUCACCAGCCAAGACAAGACUACCCUGGGAGAACUGGAAGAAGGCCCCGCCAGCGAUAAACUGCAGACCUAG